AUGAACCUCGGAUUUCAGCAACGGUGGAAAAUUCCGACAAUUGCUCUGAGAGCCACCAAGCAGCAUCAUUUGGCCCCCCCGCUUCUGAGAAGUCCUUACAGCAGGGUCAAGAUGCUGGGGCUCAGCGCGCUAUAUGUUUAUUCGUGCCGCCAUAGUGGAAUCAUAUUUGUUGCACACAAGUACCACCAGCUGUGGAAAUACGGUCCGAAUUCGGUUCUCGCCCUCGAUAUUGGGCUUUGGGUCCAGGUGGAAUACCGCAGGAAGCAACUCACCGCCUGGGAGAUGCUGCUUUCUAAAACCACAGACACUUCCGGGUCCCUAAAGAUCGACUAUUUCUCCAACAUGAACAUUGUUUCCCUGUUCUCAUCUGCCAAGAGAAAACACUGGGGUGUCUCCCUAUCUAUCUUAGGCACCCUGCUUCUCGGGCUCUACGUGGCGGCAUAUGUUGCGAAGUCUCUACGGCAGAACCGCACGCUCCUAGCUUAUCCUGUAGGGACAACUAGAUCUGUCGCUUUCCAGCCUUUGAAGCUUCCUAUCCAAGUGCAUGAUUUUGAGGAAUUCAGAGUCGGGUCGAUGCAAUAUGUCACCGCUGUCGUGGACUACCUGUCUCCAGCAAGUGUGUCUCACUUGAAGGGCGUCACGGCGGACGGCUUGGCGAAUUAUAACAGAUAUACUGCCAACGCAUACACCGACAAUGGACCUUGCGAUGACAGAGUUUUGGUGCUUCUGCCUCAAGACUGCAGACCACCGAAUCAGAGCGAGGCGGACAUCACCGUCGCACUUGUCAAUUGCGUGGCCCGCGACAGCCAUGGGAGAGCAACAAUGCGAUUCGAAAACACGGAGAACGGCUCUCCACCAGAUAUUCUCAGUCGCGAAGAAAGCCAACGGGAGAACGGCGGGAACACACCGUAUGGAAACGGCCUGUUGUUUUCUACCUUCACGGCCUUUGACCACUACCGAGGUGUUGAUCUAAUAAACGAAUCAAAGAACAUCACAGAUCCUCUGGUAGCCAAACAGGUUCUGGAGGAGUUUUAUUGUCCUCUCGCUAUCCAGAUCUUCCGAGUCACCUCAUUCACCGACGCCAAUGAGACCAUCUCGGGCGUUGUCGAUGCCAUCGUUCAGCGCUUGACUGUUCAACAGUUCGCAUUUUGGGUUGUUGUCGUGCUCCUCGCUCUUGUAUCCGCCGCCUGCACGAUUUUGAUGCCUCACAGCACAUGCGGCAACCAUGCCAGGUCAUGGCUCCCUCGGGAUCCUGCGGCCCUGGCUGGGACGGUCGUGCUUCUCGGGGUCUACCGUGAUGUGACGGGUAUCGUUCGGGGCGGCAGAGCUGCAAGGACAGAGCUGCUUGAGUAUUACACCAAAAAGUGUCGCGAAAAGAAGUGGUGGCGGCCCUGGGGGACAACGCAGAUGUCUAAGUGGAUAGCCAUUGGACUAAGGUUGAUGGUCGACGAUCUGGAGCUGAAUCUCCGCCUUUUAGAGCCCUUCGUGGCGCUAAGACGCGGCGGCCCGACGGCUUUGGGAGCAUUUUUCAACAACUACUUCUUUGGCCUACUCCCCAGGAGACUUUGGGCGCUUUUUCGUGCACGGCGGUUUAUCCUAGCCGCCGUCGCUUCCGGGGCCAUCUCAAUGCCGCUUUCUGCAAUCGUCGUCGGCGACCUCUUCACCCUCUCUGACGACCCUUCUGUUCGAGAGAGCGGCCAUCUCUUACAGAUGGAUGGGUUUGACGAGUUCGUCACUCACAACUGGACUUCGGUUUUUGCCCAAGAGACCCUCCUCUCAUCUGGAUGGGGCAGCGGCAUGUUUAACCCCGAUGCCUUCAAUCUCCUCCCCCUUGAAGAUUUCACGACUGAAUUACUCGUUAUCCCGCGCUUUGAGCUCCCUCCUGAAGGAUGGGCUACCUCUGCUUCUCUUGUUUCUGUGUCGACAUCGGUAAGCAGAUGGAGGCUCAACUGCACUUUUAUCGAUUCACAAUGCUCCGAAAUAACGAUCCCAUUGGAGUCCGACAAUUCCAAUUACAUUGGACAACAUUUCCUCAACGAAUAUCAACAAGAACCGCUCUGCCCCUACUUGGAGCUCGGGCAGAGACGGGUCAACUUCAGGCUAUCCAGCUUAGGCAUUGCCAAUAUCACCAUGGAUCCCGAUUCUCCAAAGCGCAGCAUUCAGCCUUACGCAGUCAGCCGACAUCUCACCUUCUGGCAGAAUACUCUUUUCAGCUUGAACAACGUCUCCUCACCCAUGGUACUUCCCAAUGGGGUUUCCGCAGUAUUCCGGGAUAUUACAUCUACCACAGUGCCUGGCCACAUCUCCGUAGACGAGUUGCGGGCUUCAGAGUUUGUGUCACGGAGCAGAGUCAUGGCGGCGCUGGAGGCGCGGUGGCAGAAAGGCAUGGCUGCCAUCACCAGGCACAACCUCACCACUACUGAAGGAUACGUCCCUCCAAAGCGAGUUGAAGCGUCCCUGUUGGACUAUCAUCAGCGAUGGGUCAUCCAGAAUGAGGGGUCAACGAGGAUUUUACAGGGUAUAUUUGCCCUCACGCUUGCCUGCCUCGCGAUCGGAUUUGCCUUUGGGCCGAAAGACCUCGACAGGAUCCUGCCGUUUCCACCUACCAGCAUCGGUGCUAUCCUUUUCCUGCUGGAGGGAUCCAAGAUACUAGGCGAGGUUCCGCAAGAAGAAGAGCUACUCAACGGAGGCGAGAAGAACGAACCGAAAACUCGAGCAGGGUGCGGAAUCAUACCACAGGGCGCCGAGGCUCUGCGGGACAGCGAAUUCAGGAUAAAGGUUUUUGAAGCGCCCGGGAGAGAAUACUUCCUCAAGGAAUGGGAAAUCUCUCAUGAGGAUACAAAUGAAGAGAACCCGGAGGGGAGCAGUGUGGGUGAGAGGGUUUACAGAAUUGACUUUGAGGAGGGGACGAGUAGCAAGUGUUAG